CAUCGCUCAAGCUCUGGGAGUAUGAUUUUACAAAAGGAAUCUUUUCAAGUUGCUUCAGCGUCAUAUCAUACUUCAUAACGCAUAUUUUGCAAUUUCUGUUGCCGAAGCGAUCUUUACCUACGAAUCCAUCCUCAGCUAGCUUGCUCAGCACUCCAAAUGAAUCCGCUAUUUAAUUCCGCACACCGCCAAAGCAAUUCCAUACGGAAGGACCUGGACUCGUUUGCUCAGGGCAACUCGGGCCCUGCAGUCCAAGGCCAAAUCCAUGCCUCCCUCACCUCGUUUAGCCGGACCAUCGAUGAAUAUCACAAGCUUGCGAGACAGGAGAUCGUACAGGAGAAGCAGGAGAAGGCUUACGACCGGGUGAAGAAUUUCCGGGCCGAGCUGGCCGACUACAGAGAACGGUUCGAAUCACUACGGCGGGAACGGGAAGAGAAACAAACCACCCUCGAGCGCAACGAACUCCUUGGUCGACGACCGCACCAUGCCGCAACACCCGAAAACCCCUAUAGCCAACCCGCCUACGCCGGUCAAUCUCCCUUCGCUCCCGCCGCAUCGUCCGGUUCCGCACCAUCUGCCUUCGGAACGACCGCCGACAACCCCUACAACCUCUCACGUGAACAGCACGCGCUGCGCGAGCAAUCGUUUUCCUCGCGCACGAACACUCAGUUAGACGAAUACAUCGACCGCGGACGCGCGGUUCUGGCGGACCUGGGCGAUCAGAGGGAGAUGCUGAAGGGCACGCAGCGGAAACUGCUUAGUGUGGCGAACACCUUGGGCAUCAGCGGCGAGACGAUACGGAUGGUGGAACGUCGCGUUCGACAGGAUAAAUGGAUCUUCUGGGCGGGGUUGGUAUUGUUCUUUGCGUUCGCUUGGCUGGUUUUGUGGCUAUUUAGGUGGAGAUAAGCGAACAUGUCCUUAUUCGGCGAAGUCGAACGGGAUCAACGAUGGGUGGUGCUGCCUCGAUGCUUUCUUACAGUGCGCUGAGAGUAGGGUGUCGUGGUCUGCGAUGUAUGGCAAUGGUUCGAUCUGGACGGUGAUCACAGUCAACGACAAGGUUCGUUCCAAUAUCCUCACAAUUGUAUACGAAGUG